UUGAUUACAAAUGUUUGUCUGAUCAGAAUAAUUAAAACCCAUUUCCAAUUAAUGCCAAUCGACAGUUAAAAAAAAAAAUAAUUGUUGAUAUUUCAUAGAGACGUAACCGCUCUCCCGCAAUUUCUCAAGCGCGUGGCUUCGAUUCAUAUUUCAUGGAUAUCCAUAAAUAAACGUCUAUUUAGCAGCUGGCUUCCUAAUUGGAAAAUGGCAAGGCCCGCGAGCUCGAGUGCUCAAGACUUUAAGCCAAAUGUGUCACCUGUGACUUUCAGUGAAAUAAAUUUGGUCAGCUAUUUGGGUUAUGUAAUGGCCAAAGCAAAGACAAGGCGAUGCAAAAAAAAAAAAAAAGUACCCCAAAAUCUAUGCCUGCCGCUCCAAGAGUAAAUAUAUUUUUGAAACAAACACAAAUGUCAAGCAGCCAAAGAGAAAAAAAUGCAUUAAAUAAUGUAAAGUGAUAAAACAAAACUAAAGCAAAAGUAAAGAUAUACGGGUAUGUACAUGGCGAAAUUGCCAUGCGUCUGAUGCGUCUGGUCGUGUCGUAUUUGUAUAGCUAAUUAUGUAGAUUUGCUGGCUGAGGCGUCGAGUAAAUAACGAAAAUUGGCCAAGGCGCGUAUUCGCACUACUAAGUGGUGCAAAUGAUGGGCGCAAACGCAUCUAUUAUGGAACUAACGAGUACUAGACAUACGGCUACGUCUCUGUCUCCGUCUCUGACUCUGACUCUGACUGCGACUGCGAUUGCUUACGAUCCCCGUCUGAUGGAGUCCGAAAAUGUUUGUCAAUGCAAUCGACAGGUAACCGGCCACUUAAAAUUCAGCAUCGUAAGCGAGGCACCUCCAAAAAACAUUUUCAUAUAUGAAAAACCCCGCAAAAACAAAAACUAAACAGCCGAAGUCAAAGCCGAAGUUGAAGCCACAGCCGAAGCCGCAGCCAAAUGCUGCCGCUCGCCCAUAUAUAAGACCGAGUGUGACCGAAGUAUUUGUGUCAUUGCAGUUUCAUAUAGUCGAUCGGUCGGUUGCUGGUUUGUUCGUCGUGAACAAAGUCGAAAAGUUAAAAAAACGAAAGUGCGUGGGUGUGAAAUCAGAGACAGUUCGAAAAUGAAAGCGUUUAUUGUUGCCGGUGUUUGUUUGUUUGGCCUGUUGAGCCUUGGCUCGGCCCAGUUCCAAAACGGACGCCUAGAGCCGCCAAAUCCGCAGCUGUGCGCCCAGCGCAUUAUUCACGAGAAGACACCCGAUGGCAAAGGCUACUUCUUCUCGUGGCGCGACCCACAACUGAAGGGCGUGGAGGAAGAUUGGCUGACGGCCAGAAAUUAUUGCCGCAGACGCUGCAUGGACUCUGUAUCGCUGGAGACUAGUCUGGAGAAUGAGUGGAUCAAGCAACGCGUUGUGGGUGAUAAUGUGAAAUACAUUUGGACCAGCGGUCGCUUGUGCGAUUUCAAGGGCUGUGACCGUCCCGAUCUGCAGCCCACAAACAUCAACGGCUGGUUCUGGACCGCCACGCUGCAGAAGUUGGCACCAACCACGGAGCGCAGCCAGGGCGAUUGGUCGCCCACCGGUGGCAUUGGUCUGCCCCAGCCCGACAACCGUGAAUUCAAACAGAACGGCGCACCCGAGAACUGUUUGGCUCUGUUGAAUCAGUUCUACAACGACGGUGUCAACUGGCACGAUGUGGCCUGCCACCACAAGAAGUCGUUCGUCUGCGAGGAGAACGAUGCUCUGCUGAAGUAUGUGCGCUACACGAACCCCAAUCUGCGCAUCUAAAUCGCUCAAGACGGAAGUAGCAGCUGGGAAUAACGUGUGGAGUUGGAGCCUCGAGCAGCGACUUCAAAUAAACCAAAAAUCAUAUUUUUAUGUAGCUACCACAGAUGUCCAUACGUGUGUGUAUGCAAAUGUAUGUGUGCUGGUGUGCGAAAUGAUUCAUUCGAUUCGGUGCUGCUCAUGUACUCUUUGUUAGUUACUCUUCGAUAUCUUGUAAACUUCCGGCUAUCCUAUACAUAUGUCUUACGUAUUUGUUGUAACAGUUUUUCCAGUCUCUGCGCUCUUUCUCAUCACUUAGUUUAAUUAUUAACUUUGUAUUAAUUUAUGAUUUUUUAAAUUAUAAUAUAACAUUCAAAACGACGAGUAAAA